UAUUGUUUUGUAGGUAUAUUAUUAAAAAAACUUCAAUACAUAGAAAGGCUUGGUCAAUGUGUGGCUAAAAUUUCUUGAUAUUAUGUAGCUACAAGCUGGCUAGCUAAUCAUUUUAAUUCCAAAACAGAAUUGUAAUGCACUAUACAAUUCAGUUGAUUCUACAAUGAUAGGAAGAUAAAUUCUUUAAAUAAAACAGGCAUUUUAAAAGACAAGGUCAAAACAAAAUCAUGAUUUGUGACAUUAUGCCAACGCUGUCCGAGGAUGGUGAUAUGCCUGGAGAUGGAAGCAUGGAAGAUAAUAAUUUUGAGCAGCUUAUGGUUAAUAUGCUGGAUGAAAGGGAUAAGUUGAUGGAAACACUACGUGAAACACAAGAAAAUUUAACUAAUGCAAAGACUAGCUUGAAAGAAACUGAACUUGAACGAGACACAUUGCUCAAUCAGUUUGAUUUAGUGUUACAAAAGUGUGAUCUAGACCGUGAACAUUUGAUACGAAAAUUAUCCUCAUAUGAUUCUGACGAAGAUUCAGUUAUUGCACAGUUAAAACAGCAAAGGUUUCCUUUGGCUGAGGAAUUUGUUUCUAUAGCGAAAGAAUAUUUCCAAGCAAAGGAAAAAGUUGAUGAACAAUCAGAAGAAAUAGCUGAGUUAAAAGCUGAGCGUUCAAACACAAAGCUUUUGUUGGAGCACCUGGAGAGUUUAGUUUCAAGACACGAGCGUUCUUUGCGUAUGACAGUAGUUAAAAGACAGGCCCAAUCUUCAGCUGGUGUUUCUUCUGAAGUUGAAGUCUUAAAAGCACUAAAGUCAUUGUUUGAACACCACAAAGCUCUUGAUGAAAAGGUGCGAGAACGACUUCGAAUCGCAGUUGAAAAAGCAAACAAUUUGGAAGAGGAUUUGGCUGCAGCUAACCAAGAGAUUGAACACCUACAGCACGAACAGAAACUAGCGAGAGAGCGAAGGCAAAAUGGCCAAGUACCUGGUGGUGGAGGAAAGAGUUUGGAGAACGGACCGCUGAAUGAAAAUGUGGAAGAUUUGAGAGAAGAAAUUAGUGAUUUAAAAUACCAACUGGACCAAAAACAACGGGAAAUUGAAAAGACAAAAAAAGAAUCAAAAGAAAGCAAAGAUCGUGUUUCAAACUUGGAAGAACAAAUAAACACUACAAAUAAAAAAGCAUCGUUUUCGUUUGAAAGUAGUCAAAAAUUACAGAGAGAAUUAGAAGAGGCCUUAGCACAAAAAGGUGAUCUGGAGGAAAGAAUGAUGACUCUUGAAAAAAGGUAUGUUCGUUCGCAGAAUGAAUUGUCAUCAUCUAAUGAAGACAGUGAGCGUGGAAGAGCAGAAUCUAUGGGUUUAAAAACACUAUUAGAACAGAGAGAAGAAAAGAUAAAAAAUUUGCAAGAACAAUGUAAGUUUUACGAAAUGAAGUGUUCACAAUCAAUGAAACAUGCAGAGGAGUUACCCAAGAUACAACAGGAGUUGGAAAGUCGAAAGGCUGCUCUUAAUGCUGCUGAAGAACGUAAUUUUACAGCAGAAGAACAAUUACAAAACUUGCAAUUUCAAUUAGAAGAAAUUACUGCAGAUCUACAAAGGACAAAGGAAAGAGAACAAAUGACUGAAAGUCAUAAUCAGAAACUUCAAAGUACUGUUGAUAAACUUUUAUCAGAAUCGAGUGACAGACUGCAGAAUCAUAUGAAAGAAAAAAUGCAGACUUUAGAUGAAAAGAAUGUCAUAGUUCAAGAGCUUGAUAAACUAAAAGCCAUUAAUGAUGAGUACAAACGUACAAAGAUACAAAUGAGUGCUGAACUUGAUAAGUUAAGACAAGAAGUGAUGCAGUUGAGGAAACAGGCGUACAUUGGAAGCACUAUGUCAAGCACUCCAUAUGCUACCCCAUCAAAAGAUGAGUCGAUCAGGUUAGCAAGUCCUAAGGAGCCAACCUGGCAGAAAAUGAACCAAGCGAACGUAGUAUCCAACGUAUCAAAAGCUUUAGUUUCCAGACAAGACAAUAUGGAUGGCUCAGAUAAAGGUUCUGUGACGGGGUCAAUUAUUUCGACAGUGCCAUCUAUAGUGGCACAGGAUUCAUUGGAAACAUUGAAUUCUAACGAUGCACAGAAAUUAGCAAACGUUUUGCAACAACAGCUAGAUGCAAUUAACGAAGAACUAGAGAUGUUACAAGUAGAACAUAGAACAACAGAAAGACUGACUGAACAAAUCGAAAAGCGAGUUGGAAGCGAAACAAACAGCUUAGAUGAAGUCAGUGUAGCUUCUUCCAAAGAGUCUGAUAAAACUGAGCGUAACAAGAAUCAUGUCGAUUCCUACCAAAGAACAAGAGAUUUAAAUACAAGGAGAGAGUCAGAUGAAGCCAAUAAUUCUUUUCUGUUCACGAGUUAUGACCCUUUGGAUACAAAACCACUAAUGUUGAACAUUGGCCGUUCUCAUGAGCAACUUGCUGAAGCAGACACGCCAAGUUCACAACCAUCCGACUCCACGGAAAGCGAAGGCUCGGAACGAUCCAAAGUUUCUAUUCCAUGGGGUCUUAGUAGUUCUUAUGAAGCAGAGAGCUUCGAUUUUUCAUCUAGUCCUAGUAGUAUCACAAGUAGUAUGGAAUCUUUAACUCGCAGAGGUGUAAAAAAUAGAAGUCUAAAAAAUUCAUUAGGAAAAAUAUUUUCUACUAAAGGCAAAUUAAAACCCAGAGACUUAGGAAUUAGCCGCAGUGAUGACCUUGACUCGAAUGCUGAAACUCAACGCGAUGCAGAAACACGCAUGAAGAAAAAGCUACUGGAGGAUGUCAUAGCUUCAGGCGCUCCAUUUGGCUCCUGGAACGCACCUACUAUAUUAGCCUGGCUUGAAUUAUGGGUGAAACUACCUGAAUGGUAUAUACAAGCAUGUCGAGCAAAUGUGAAAAGCGGGUCAAUAAUGUCAGCUUUGUCAGAUUUUGAGAUUCAACACGAGAUUGGUGUAAAUAACCAACUUCACCGAAUGAAACUUCGAUUGGCUAUUCACGAAAUGGUGAAUGUCACAAAUCCUGUUAGUCCUCCAUCGAUGAAGACGUCACUUGUGUUCGGUGAUAUGAAUCACUUUUGGAUAGCAUCAGAGUGGUUAGCUAGCCUGGGGUUACCACAGUAUAAAUAUCAUUUUAUUGAAAAUUUGGUGGAUGCGCGAAUGCUAGAACAUAUAACCAAAAAAGAUUACACGAAAUAUUUAAAAGUAGUUGAUAAUUUUCAUAGAACGAGUUUAGCAUGUGGUACAAAAUGUUUGGAAGCGCUCAACUAUGACAGGAAGUUUCUCGAGAAAAGAAGACAAGAUGCAGACGGUGUAGAUAAAGACGUGUUGGUGUGGUCAAACGCUCGAGUAAUAAAAUGGGCGACAAAGAUUGGACUUGAAGAUUAUGCAGAGUACCUACGACAGUCGGGUGUACACGGAGCUGUUAUUGCUUUGGAUGAAAAUUUUGAUGUGGAAACGUUUGCUUACUACUUACAGAUACCUAGUACUAAUGAGAAGGUACGGGGCAUAUUAGAACGUGAAUAUAAUAAAUUAUUAAUACUUUGUCAUGAAUACAAAUCUCCACCUCCUAAUGAUCUUGGGGAUGGUGAUUUUAAAAGGUCGAAAUCAUGGAGAAAGAAAUUCAAAAAAGACAAAUCGUUAAAAGACAAAUCGAGGAAUGCACGCGGGUCAAGUAGCGAUCAAGAUGUGCAUACGAGUGACUUGAUGUCGCCGUCACGUAGACCGAAGAAAUCUCCUCUAAUGGAGCGUAAGCAUUACAAUAUACGAGGUGGGCCAUCGUAGCAUAUCGUUUCCCGCGACUUCACAGCUACAUCAUUCAAGAAAUUUCACCUUUUAUUGUUGCUACUUCAAAUUGAUAGACAUGGUUUGUCCUGGAUGACCGCACUCACCACUAUAAUUGUCACAGAUUUUUGAUAGUCAGAAAGGCUGUACUAGUGAAAGGACCGUUCGUACGAAGAAAUUAAUUUUUUUUUUAAUUAUAUUUCGUGUUCCGUUAGAUUAGAAUCGAUUUUUAAUUUAUUUAACUCAUCAUUUUAUAGAUAUUGUAUUUUUUGUAUUGCAUCUCUCAGUUUAAAUGAAUUGUCAGUUUUUUAUUUACUUUUGCGCGCCGCCAUGUUUUUUUUUUCGUUGUUAUAGAAAUUGGAACCAAUACUGAAAAGCUUAAUAGUACGUUUUUCUGUUUGUUUGUCUCGUUUAAUUAACUAUUGUGAAAUUACUACUUGUUAUAAAAUAAGGAAUUUUUUACUUGCCCUUCGUUAGCUUUUACAUAUGACCUAAUUUUUACUUUUGACGAAGUUAGUUCAUUGUUGGUAUGUUGAAAUCCUUGAGGGUAAAAAAAAAUAGUGAUUUAAUAAUUAUAAUAAUUUUUUCCAUAUGUUAUUUUUAUUUGUGUUUUAAUUUAUUAUUUUUUAUAUUAAAGUAUGUUUACUCAACGAAUUAUGGAGUUUAUUUGUUUAUUUUCUAUAAAUAUACUUUUUCACUUUGCGCAUCAUGGCAUCUUUUUUUUGACAAACUUCACUGCAUAUUUUAUUUGUUUUAUUUAUUUAUCUGAAUAAAAUAUCGUCAGUUUGUGUUUUCCUACUAGCAAAUCCACUUCGGUUACUAAGAGCAAAUCCACUUUGUUCCUUGAUAGCGUAUUUACAAAUUCGUUUCCAGUCUUAAUGUGCAAAAUUUUGUGAGGACACAGCCAAAAUUAGCAGGCCUAGAAACCAGUUUAAAAUAUUUAUUAUCUGCUUUGCCUGUAACUAUCGUUGUAGCCAUAGUAACGCGUGGUUGUAACCAUAGUAACAUUUGGUAUAUAAAAUGAUUGCACAUGUAUGUAUAAAAGUUACUGUACAGAAACAAUAUAUUAUAUAUUUAGAAA